AUGUUCCAGGCAGCGAUUCAGUCACUAAACUCGGUGCUUGAUCGGCACCCAUGGGUCGGUGAGUUGGCAGGCAUUCUUCCUCUAUCAGCGCUCAUUGACUUCAUUGAGAUCCCGUCCAAGCUCCACAUUCUAGAACUCGCCGGGUCUGUUCCGGUAUGGAGCUGGGCGAUCACGCCGUCGGGCAGCCGGCGGUUACUCGCAAAGCCGAACGUGGUAUGCGGCAAGCCUGUUCGACAAGACUGCUAUAUGGACCGGUUCGGUAAUUCUCCUGCUCUUGAAGCUCUAGAUGGGCGCUAUGGUGAGCGGUAUUUUGUCAGCAGUCCUGAGACCCUGCGGCUCCUUCUCGACGGCACUAAAGUUGAACAUAUUCUAAACGAUCAUCUGAAUAUGACCGAUGACAAAUUGAUCCGGCGCGUACAAAAUGUCGAUAUCAUCCAUUUUGAGCGGAAGAAUGCAAUUUCAUCAGCGGAAACAUCAUCAGACGUGCCACCAGAGGCAUCAUCGCCAGCCUCGCCCCGUACCUCGUUGUACGAACGUUCUGCGUCAUUCAUUGACUUUUUGCACAAAACUCCUUUUGUCUAUCUCGCUACUGCCUUCGUUGGAUGGAUUCUCUGGGCCUGCACUCUAAUAAUAAGCGGCGUUUUCGAAUUCUGGAUAUGCUUUGCUUUUGUCCUGCUUCUUCCUAUUACUGGAUUAGUGGUAUCCCUCCUCUUUGGCAAACAGCCUCGAAAGCUCCUGAUCGAUACGCCUAGCGACUUCGUUCGACUGCUACUUAUUGCCGACCAUAUGAAUACAGACUGUUGGAAAGUUAUAAUUGGGGAGAGCUCAGUCGUCAACUCCCUGGCCAACCGGCCUUUGGAACCCAGUCAAUCUCCGCCGUCCUCCACCCGGACGGCUAUCCUCCGCCACAUUUUUCGACUCUGUAUUCUUGGCCAGUGGGGUCUAGCCAUAGGGGCCGCCGCCGACAAACAGUGGGACGCGUAUCUAAUUUGUUUCUGGAUCGCCUUUCCUAUAUUCUGUCACGGAUAUCUCAUACCACCAAGCUUUUGUGCCAAAGAAUGGCUGGAACAACAGGCCGGAAUUAGCGUCAAACGGUACAGCACACAAACAAGUACUCGACGUUCCCUUCUCAACCUCAUUGUCGCCCUCAACCCGGAUUCCUUCAGUUUUGGUGAUGAUGGCGAGAUUAACUACGCAUAUUUUGAUAAGGGUGGUAUGAAAUGGCUGAAUCCCAUCUUAUCUGAGUCUUAUAGUCGAAGGGAAUGGGAGGAAGCUACCCGGCAGGCGACCAUUGCGGCUCUUGAGGAGCUUAAACCAGAAUUCAUAAACGACAAGAAGUUCCGGGACCCAGAUUCGGAAUUCCCGAACAAAGAGUGGAAUGAGAAGUACCGAAGGUUCAUACCUGAUAAGGAGACUGGAAAGUUCAAAGAACAGUACUAUUGGAGAAGAUUUAUUCCUGAAGGAAUUUAUUUAGCUGCCAAAAUCAAGGAGAAAGCCGACCUCCCUACUGGAAAAUUGGUUCACCCUCACACAUCAUAG